AUGGAAUCUAAAGCAGCUUUACCUCCCUCGGAGGACGGAAAAUGGGCAGAAAUGGAGCCCGUCUUUGAGCAUAUACAUGUCGUGUCCGAGGAAACACUUGAUCGGAUCUCGAGAGGCUCGCUGGGGAAAUUCACCCUUGAAUGUGAAGAUGAUCAGAAGGUGGACCGGGCAUUUCGGAGUCUGCUGGAGACAUUCUCAGAAGAGACUACUUCCCAAAUGCAUACAGCGGCAGCGUCCAAUGCCUUGAGUGCAUUUCUUGAAGCUGGCCUGGUUUCUAAAAAUGAGAAGACAAGGCAGCUUGUUCUCUCAAGUGAAACGUGGUUGGCCGUUUUCGAGGUCUUUUUGAGUCGUUUCGAAUAUACGAAACCGAGGCCAAUGAAGCAAGUUUUACUCUCUUUGGCGAAGCUCUUGGCCAGACAGGGUGAAGAAACCCAAACUAGUUUCAUUAAGAGAAAAAUUGGAGAUGCGACUAUCCCCAGUAUCGUCCUCGGCGAGCCGCGUUCGCGGUUGAGAGCGUCACUUGUCUCCUGGGAGAUUUUUAUUCGCAAGAAGAUUUUCUCGCCUGGCCACUUAAUUUCUAUUGUCCGCAGCUGGCUUUUUGAACAUCAUGAGAUGUGGCUACCGAUAUUCCACGAGGAUUGCGAGGCCCUCGGUAUAAAUGACUCUCAAUUUAUUAACCAGGUUCCGAGGAACAAUACCAUCGACACCCGGCUUGAUGAUGCUGUUAUCAAGGUUCUUCUACAAGGACUUCUAACCCAUUCAAAAAACAUGGACAUUGCUUCGUUAACAGGUGCAAUGAUUGCUGCUCUUUUGCAAAAGAUCAAAACCGAUUUACCCGUUGAAUAUUCUAGCUCGAAUGAUUCCACUUUCUCACUACUCUGGGUGACGCCAGUAAAGCGAAUCAUGCUCCAAAAUCUGGACGCUCUAGAUACUUUCUCUAAUUAUGUUCUUGAUCGUCUUUUUGCUGUUGAUCCCAGCGGGUUCAAAGUCUUCAUAGGCCAACUACCUCUGAAGAGUCUUCUCACAGGUGACAUGUCUGAUGCUCCACCUGAAGAGUUUGUCGUUCUCUUUGCAGCAUUGCAGGUUGGCAAGAAAAAUGGCCUAGUCCAUGAAGACCAUUACCUCCCCAAAACCGGCUCUUCUAAGAAGGAUGCUGGUGAGCCAUUUGUACUGAAUAGCGAGAUAAUUGGCAAAUUUCUCCUCCAUAGGGAGCCUAGCAUCAGAGUAGCAGCACUCUCUCUGUUGAUUAUGGCACCGUCAACGACGAAACCCCUGACCCCAUCGGCAAUAUCUGCGAUUAUCAACGGUCUUCCGACGAUGCAUGCAGAUCCCGAUCCUUACUACCGAGGUGAAAUAUUGUAUUUGACACGCAAACUCAUCCUCCGUCUCAAAGGAGGGGGUGUCUUGAAGAACCUGGAAACACCACCAGCAGGCACGAAGACAACGGUUGAGCGAAGUGACCAGGAGACUCAAUUUUACCUCAAGACCUAUAUUAACUCCCUGAGCGCUGAGUUACGGCCGACCGCUUCCUACCAGCGUCACAUAACAGCACUUAAAGCCUUAAGUUUGAUACUGGAAUCGGGAUUGGAUUCUCGAGUCAAAACUGAAAAUCCGGAUAAAGCAGAGAAAGAUGUGCGGUGGAAGUUUAGUAUGGACAUCUUUCACCCUAGACUGCUCAGGUCACUCAUAGACCUUCUGCUUGACCCCUUCGAUGACGUGCGAGCAACUUCGUUGUCCAUUUUGAACAGUUGUCCACAAGAAACUUUAAUGAAGGGUCUUUCGGAGAUCGAAGGCCAAGUGACAUUGACAGAUGCCCUGGAAAAGGCCGAGAAUAUAGCGAGCAAAACCAGCAGAGCUGACCACGCGGACACUGUUGCUCGCUUAUACCAUAUCCUUUUCACUUCAGCCGAACUAGGCCGUUGGGAUGAAAAGAAUGGAAAUUGGUGGUCAAGCAAGGCAGGAAUCGUCAACACUAUUUUGACAAAAGUAGAGCAGAAAUUGUCACUACCAGGUGGACUUUUCAACUCUUCCAUGCGAGAUGCACCUCUCCAUGGUUAUCUCUCGGGCCUUAGGUUUGUUUUCAAUCUCUAG